AGUUUUUCGGACUCAUGCAAAAUAUUACCAUGACAACAGUACAACGUGUUGUUGUUGGAUGUGUGUUUGUGAGUCUGUGUAGUCUUGGAGGCAUGUUUUCCUCCCUGUUCCGCUGCUCCAUCCUCCUGAUGUUUCCUAGUAUGAUUGGAUCUCAAGGUCGGACGUUCCUGAUGGUUUAUGUGCUGCAUGGACUUUACCAAGGCCCCAUUGCAAACAUCCAGCGUAAUGUGCAGGAUGUGGCCUCCUCCAUGGGCUGUAAAGAUCUGCAGAUCACACACAGCAAGGUGAUGUGGAGAAUGCUGACAGAGCCUUACGUGCAAGUAGUGCAGGAGAUAGUGAAUGACAGUGUUGAAUUUCAAAAAGAGGCUCAAAAUGUGAGCAGACAGUUCCAGAAGAUCCGGGACGAGGUAAUGGGUCAGUACGGAUAUGACUCUCUUGGUAAGGAGUCUGUCCAUACGGCCAACAGCACCCAGGAGGAGUAUGUAGUGAAGACUAGAGCUCGCUGUGACUAUGUGGUGCAGCAGGGGGUUAGCCGGUGUCAGGAUUGGUUCAGUGUUAAGUGGGAAGAGUGUAUGAAUACCAUUCAAGCACCUCUUAUAAACCACUUCCUCUGUGUACCUAUGCAGUUCCACUUUCUGUGUGAUAUCAUGAGAGUGAUGACAUCAUGGUGCACUGAGAAGAUCCCAGUUGAGGGAAACUUUGGUCAGACCUUCGACAAACUAAACGACUCCAUCAACAGGCUUGCAGAACACUUCACCACCGAUGUAGUGCUUGAGAAAUUGGAGCAGCAGUCAGUGUUUGGAGUGGACAUCCUCCUGAAUUUCUCUAAGGAGCUGAGCCGUGAGUUUCAAGAGAAAUCAAUCAUUGCUGAGAAGAUAACUGGGGUGAUUAACUUCCUUCUCUCAUUCACCUUCAUCACUGUGUUCACCUCUGCAUUUGGAUAUGUUCAUCAGUAUUGCAGAGACAUUUAUUUUGACAAUGUCUACAUAACAACCUACUUCAGACAGAUUGAUGCCCGCAGAAGGAGAGCUGGAAAGAGGUAUUUGCUGCCACUCAAGAAAGCAGAGCAAGAGAGCUUGAUCAACCCAUGGAGCUUAUCUAUCCACCCCAGCGAGCUCAUGCCUGUGAUUGUGGGCUUCCUGCAGGUUGCAUCUCUGGCUCUGUUUGUGUGUGUUCUGCUUGCUGUUGAUGGAAUUCUGUACAACAUCUUUGACCUCAUCCGAAGACAUACUUUCACCACAUACUCAGUUACUAGUGUUCAUCACAUAGAAAUUAUAAUUGGUGGCGAUUCCAUGUUAGCCAGACUUCUGCGGAAAACCAUUGGUGCCUUCAACACCUCCUCCAAUCUUGAUGUGCAAUCCAGUAACUUCCGUGUACACCAAUCGUCUGCGCAGGGUUAUCACCACCUUCUACUUCCCAAAGAGAGAAAAGGGACGGAUCCUCUUCCUCUACAACCUACAGAUCCAGAAACGUAUAUCCUUCAUCAAAAGACAACUACGUCGCCUGAGAAAUCAAAAACAGACAUUUAUAAAGGUGCUGUGGGCUGUGUUGGCCCCACUGAAGCGUGUGGGCUGUAGGCUGCGCUGGUGCUGGGUGUGUGAUGGGUUUGUGAGGCAGAACCAGGCUGUAGAGUGUAGUACUGUAGGCUGCACAAUAAUCUAUUGUCAGCAAUGCUGGACAGACCUGGACAACAUCUGCUACGCCUGUUUC